UCAACUCCGCCUCCUACCUGCCACGCGCUCACUGCUGCUAGAUCUGAGCACGCUGAACAAGCGGCGCUGCUCCCGGCAUUCGCGCUCUUCUGCUGACAGCAAGCACUUAAUGUAACUAUUUAAAACUGGCAUUUAAAGUGAGGUAUACAAGUAGAAAUCUAAUGCAUUUUGGCCAGUACCAGAGGGACAAUCACGUUUUAUUCAGUCAAGUAAAAUUCUUUAGCAUCGUCAAUAGUUCGAGAACACUGAACAAUCUGGCAUAAACGAGUAUGGACAGUUUUACACUAUGCGGGGAAAAGAUGUUAAACAUCAAGAAGUUGUGGAUAUAAACGGACAGAAGAACAGAGCUCAUUCCUAAUAUCCUAUGGCUUGAAGUUUCAGGCAUCUUUCCUGGCCACAGCUCAUGGAUUUCCUCACGGAGUAUCCCUACAAUGACACUUAUUAUGACAACGGGACCGGGACCCUCAACGGCACAAGCUGUGAGGCCAAGCAUCAGUAUAACUACUAUGCCAUGCUCCUGACUCUCCUCAUCUUUGUCAUUGUCUUCGGCAAUGUGUUGGUGUGUAUGGCAGUCUCCCGAGAGAAAGCGCUACAGACCACCACUAAUUACCUCAUUGUCAGCCUGGCGGUGGCAGAUCUUCUCGUGGCCACAUUAGUUAUGCCCUGGGUGGUGUAUCUUGAGGUGGUGGGGGAAUGGCGUUUCAGUAAGAUCCAUUGUGACAUCUUCGUCACCUUGGACGUCAUGAUGUGCACGGCGAGCAUUCUUAAUCUGUGUGCUAUUAGUAUUGACAGGUACACGGCUGUUGCCAUGCCGAUGUUGUACAACACACGCUACAGCUCCAAGAGACGUGUCACUGUGAUGAUCUCAGUGGUUUGGGUGCUUUCGUUCGCUAUUUCUUGCCCCCUGCUGUUUGGAUUAAAUAAUACAGCUACACGGGACGGUGCCGUGUGUGAAAUCGCCAACCCUGCUUUUGUUGUCUACUCCUCCAUCAUGUCAUUCUAUGUGCCCUUCAUCAUCACCCUCCUCGUCUACGUGCAGAUCUACGUGGUUCUUCGCAAGCGCCGGAAACGGGUCAACACUAAACGGAGCUGCCAGAAGACAGAUGCUGAUGCUCAGCCCUCUCUCAAGGAAAAGUGCACUCAUCCUGAAGAUGUGAAACUCUGCACAGUUAUCAUUAAGACCAACGGUGGUUUACCUGCCAAAAACAAGAAAGCACAACUGAUAAAGGAGGUCCUGCACCCAGGUGGCGAUGUGGGGGUGGAUAUCGUGGCAAGCACCAGCCCUCCAGAGAAAAAGAAACAGGCAUCCACUCUGGUCGUCGACCUGCUCGCCAACCCAAGCCCCAUUCAUGCCUCUCCCUCCCAUGGUGAAUGUCAGUCAAAUGGAGAUGAGAAAAAUGGACAUACCAAGGAGGUCCAGAUCCCUAAAGAAGCCAAACCUGUUGAAACUCAGGCACUGCCUAAUGGCAAAACGCGAACUACAGUGACCAAAACCAUGAGUAAGAGGAAGAUAUCUCAGCAUAAAGAAAAGAAGGCUACUCAGAUGCUGGCCAUUGUUCUAGGUGUUUUCAUUAUUUGCUGGCUGCCCUUUUUUAUUACCCACAUUUUGAAAACUCACUGCACGAGCUGUGUGGUGCCACUGGAAAUGUACAAUGCCUUCACUUGGCUGGGAUAUGUGAACAGCGCCGUCAACCCCAUCAUAUAUACCACUUUCAAUGUGGAGUUCAGAAAGGCUUUCAUAAAGAUAUUGCACUGCUGAGGACAUUAUUCACUGCACGCGUAGAGGAGGAGAGAUGGAAAAUUUCACGAGAGGUUAGUGCCAUCUUUCACCACCAUGUGAAAUGACGGAUUUACAAAGCCACGCUUUUAAGGCAGAGCGGAAAAACUCAUUACAGACAAUGGAGGUUCAAAUGAAUGUAAAAGUAGAGUUUUAUUUGUGCGUCUUAUUUCUGGCAGUGGAUUGAGUGUGCAAACGUGUGUUUAUUCUCUUUGGAGUUGGAGUGUGAAUGUGAUUAAUUGUCGAUUAAAGAAUUGAAGUAAAUUUGAGAUUGGAAAUUGGAUGUUGCCACAGAGACUUUUAUGCAAGCAGGGACCUGAAUGUCAAAAUCACACUAUCAGUUUAGUUGUGAGCAACUGGUUACAAAAUGCUUACAGCUCUGUUUAUUCAAGUAUUAUUUAUUUAGUCACAAAUUUUUAUUUGUUUUGAGAAAUUGUUAUAAAGAGAUAGCUAUUAUAAAGUAUAAAUAAGGUGAAAAUACCUUAUUUGCGUUUUUAUAAAGCCAGAACAGAAAGAUAUUAAAGGGAUAGUUCACCCAAAAAUGAAAAUUUGAUGUUUAUCUGCUUACCCCCAGGGCAUCCAAGAUGUAGGUGACUUUGUUUCUUCAGUAGAACACAAAUGAUGAUUUUUAACUCCAACCGUUGCGGUCUGUCAGUCGUAUAAUGCUUGUCAAUGGGAACUUCGUCUAUAAGAGUAAAAAAAAACAUGCACAGACAAAUCCAAAUUAAACCCUGCGGCUCGUGACGACACAUUGAUGUCCUAAGACACGAAACGAUCGGAUUGUGCGAGAAACCGAACAGUAUUUAUAUCAUUUUUUACCUCUAAUACACGACUAUGCCCAACUGCCUUGAGCAUCUGGUGUGUGAAGUCUGAAAACGCGGUCUGAUGACGGAAGCGAUCUCUCGCGCUUAUACUUCAAUGAGUGCGAGAGAUCACUUCCGUUGUCAGAGCGCGUUAUCUGCUUACCCCCAGGGCAUACAUCUUGGAUGCCCUGGGGGUAAGCAGAUAAACAUCAAAUUUUCAUUUUUGGGUGAACUAUCCCUAUAAAAAGUCCCCAUGAACCGCAAGUUGCAACCGACUUUUCUCCAGUGUUGUGACGUAUUUCCAAGUUAAACGGAAUAUUGAAUAGAGGGCAGGGUUUUACGUUAACGCACCUCCUCUCCAUCUCUCGCUCAUAGUAGACUAAUGGUUGGAGGGGAGUGGUUAAGCAUUUUCAAACCAAGCCGUCAAACUGACGUCAUCAGAGAAAAAACUCUAUUCCAGAACGGAAGUAACUUUUCAGAUUUUGAUUAAAGGUUACCAUGACAAACAAUUUAAUUCUGUGUAUUAACUUGCACGGAUUAAUUGUUCACCACAAGAUUACUAAUAUGCGCUAACAAAGUAAAUAGGGUCAGUUUUGAUUUCAUGACGACUUUAAAGGUGCACUCCGUAAUGUUUUGUUUAUGUUGCGCUGGUCGUCUUGGACGUAUACUGACACCUAGGUGCCUAGAGUGCAGAAUUAUGCAAUUUAAGCAAAAAGGUUUCAGUUUGGCUAUGCUUGUUGUAGAAAUGUGCUGUUUGCAGUCAGAUGUAAUUUAUUUAUUUCAUGAGCGAAAGUGUCUGAUAACAGCCAAGAUUUGUCUGGUCAUGUGAUCUCAACAUGUCUGCCCCUAUGAGGCAGCCCACUCUAUGUAAAAUAAAACAGCUUUUAGCAGAGCAUACAUUAUUUUUUAAUAAUUACUUUGUGUAAAACUUUAAGAAAUUAUAACGUUUCCUUUUAAAAAGAAAAAUUACUGAGUGCACCUUUAAGCAAACAGAAAUGAAUGCCUUUGACUUACCGACUAUGAAGGACAAUGUAAAUAAGAAUUAAAUAGUUUUAUUGAAGCCCAUGACAAAAAUGAUCAUGCAUGUUACAUUGGUACUUCACAUUAAAUUGCAGCCAAUGUAUGUCUCUUGUAUUUUUUGUGUACAUCACAAGUACACAAAUUUAUCUGAGCUAUAUAAAGUUGUGUCUGUUUUUCUGUCUGAUACUAGUAUGUUCACUGAAAUAGGUGUUUGGUUUUUUUUUUUGGUUUUUUUUUGUGGUUGGAAAAAAAAUAAAGCACAAAUUAUUUGCGGAAAAAAGGACAUCUCCAAUGAUAAAAGCUGUGUUCCAUUUCCAGAAAUAUCCACUGCUAGAUCUACACAUUAUCUGUUUUUUUUUUUUUUUUUUUCAUGUUUUGAGGGAGCCUUCAUCGAAAAAUCUUAUUUUGCAUUCAUAUUUCACAAGUUUCAGUACAUAGUGUUUUAUUAUACAGGAUAAUGACCAUUAGGUUAUAAUUGCACUAUAACUGAGUUUUAACUGAGGAUCUAUGGUUCAAAAAAUAGCCAUAGACAUAAAUCAUUUUAAUGAUUAAAGGUGCAGUGUGUAAAUUUUAGCGGUAUCUAGCGGUGAGGUUGCGAAUUGCAAUAUAGAGAAGCUACGGUGGCCAACACAGGACAAAAAUGUCAUCGUCUGAGACAGCAGAGAGAAGCCAGUCAAGCAAACGCACUCUGUAGAGCAGUUUGUCCGUUUAGGGAUACUGUAGAAACAUGUCAGCACAAAAUGGCGACUUAACAUGUAAGGGGACCCGUGGUGUAUGUAGAUAGAAAUGGCUCGUUCUAAGGCAAUAAAAACAUAAUGGUUCAUUAUAUAAGGUCUUUAUACACCACUGAAAACAUAGUUAUGUAUAUUAUAUUGCAUUUCUGUCAAUAGAUCCAAUCAAAAUUUACACAUUGCACCUUUAAGUGUCACUAACCAGCUGGACACAGCAACGCUGGCUACACCAAUAGCGCGAGUUUGGCGUUACGACAUUGUCAUUUGACCAAUGGAAGUCGGGGGAAGUAUCUGAGGAAACCUGUUUGAAAACAGUCAUUUUUCUUGCAAUUCCAUUUGGUGACUAGUGGCACAAAAAUUACACACUUCAGCUCUACGCUGUCAUUUGCUUAUUAUUGCAAUGUGAUCAUGUAAACAUGCAGAUCCUGUAGAUGACUAAGACAUUAUGACACAAUUAUGAGUGCCUACAGUUAGGUGUUUUACGGGCUCUCAAGCUGAAAUAGAUGCAAUUUGCCACUGUUCUUUAAACAAAGUGUUCUAAAGCUAUUCAAUUUGUUUACUUCAUGCAUGGGUUGGCAACUGUUUUGUCAUGAAGUGACAUUUUUAGUUUUUCUAGUUAAUCCCCCUCACCCACCCAAAAAAUGCAUUAUGUGAUUAUAAAUAUGUUUUUAAAAGUUUAUUUAUAUUCAAUGGAAAAAAUAACACAUUUUAUAUUUGAAGCAUGAUGAUCCAUGUUACCUAUUAUAACAUGAUUAAUCACAAACCUAUCUGAUGAGUAUCAUAUAAAUAUUGCAGAAUCUUAAUUUUUUUUUUUUUUUUUUUUUUCACAAAAAUGUGUUAAACCUGUCAUGCGUGUCUGGAAUGAUAAGGAUUCUGUAUACUGAGUUUAAGUUCUUUAUACAAUCUACAAUAGGGGACUAAAAACACUGAAGAAGCUUUUAGCUGAAAUGUCUGUGACCUUUUAUAAACACUAAAUUGGAUAAAAUAACUUCAGUUAUUUAUCUACAGUUUAUUUUAUUUAUUUUUUGUUAUUUUGGUGUUGACAUCAAAAAGCUGGGAGAACAUGGUGAUUGUUUGAAUUUUGGACAAAAAAAAAAAAAAACUUAUAUGCACGCAGAGGUCUGCAAAUGGUUUGCAGUUGCAUACUUUUGUUGACUAGAGCAGGUUAAAAUCUUACCAUUUAAUUGCAUUUAUAGCUCCUAACUCGGUUGCCGACCCUGAUUUACGCCAUAGGUUGCUGACCCCUGAUUUACUUGUUUGUUUGUUUGUUUAUUUAUUUAUUUAAACUUUUUAAUGGUGCUUUAAUUUAAAUAAUUUGCUGUUGAUAAAGUGACCAACAAUCCCCAUUUCUUUCAUGAUGUGCAUUUCCAACCCAAGAAUCACAGUAUGUUGUUUUAUGGCUUUAUUUAAAGAAUGACCUCUGUUUUCGAUCAGGAAUUAAUCAAUACUUUUAUCAGUAUGUGCUCAUGCAAAUAUAAUGGAAUGUAAAUGCUGUACAGUUUUUAAUCACAAUAUCUGUACGUGUUUUUCAUACAUGGUCUUGUCAUUGUACAUCAAGUCCUAGCAAUUUGUUCAGCUUUGGAAAAAAAAAAAAUGCAAAUGGAAACUUUUACAUAGCAAGUAAAUGUAAGUUUAUGGUAUGUCAGAUAUUUUGUAAUAGUAAUGUAAAUAAUGAAUGAAUAAAAGUACAUGUCAGGCA